GCCUUGCCAAGCACGGAGCCAUUGGUGUCACCCAGCCCCGGCGCGUUGCCACCAUCUCAGUGGCGCAGCGGGUGGCCGAGGAGAUGGGCUGUUCGCUGGGGAGUGUCGUUGGGUACCAGGUCCGCUUCGAUGACUGCACCAGCAAGGAUACUGCCAUCAAGUACAUGACAGAUGGCUGCUUAUUGAGGCAAAUACUGGUAGACCCCCUUCUCAGCAAAUACAGUAUCAUCGUUUUGGAUGAAGCCCAUGAGCGGAGCCUCAGCACUGAUAUUUUAUUUGGUUUGCUGAAGAAACUAUUUCUACAGAAGAAACCAGCAGACAGGAAGACAGCGAUGAAGGUGGUGGUGAUGUCAGCCACCCUGGAGGUAGACAAGCUCUCGGAGUUCUUUGGAAACUGUUCAGUGCUGCAUAUUCCAGGAAGAAGUUAUCCUGUCAAGUCGAUAUUCUGCAACCUGCUCAGCCCCCGGAACACUGGCAGCCAUGCAUAUGUUACAGAGGCUGUAAAAGUGACAUUGGAUAUCCACUUAAAUGAACCAGAAGGUGACAUCUUGGUUUUUCUGACAGGCCAAAUUGAGAUAGAAAGAGCUUGUGACUUACUUUUCAAGAAAGCAGAAUCUAUUGAUUACCGGUAUGAAGUACAUGAUCGAUCUGUUGAAGGCCUGCUUAUCUUGCCAUUGUAUGGGUCAAUGUCAACAGAUCAACAGAAAAGAAUAUUUUUGCCAGCUCCCAGAGCCAUUAGAAAAUGUGUGGUAUCGACAAACAUUGCUGCAACAUCUCUGACGAUUGAAGGAGUCAGAUAUGUAGUAGAUAGUGGAUUUGUGAAGCAGUUGAAUCAUAACCCCCGAGUUGGCUUGGACAUACUGGAGGUGGUUCCCAUUUCGAAGAGUGAAGCAAAGCAACGAGCUGGCCGAGCUGGCAGGACAUCAGCUGGAAAGAGCUAUCGGCUGUACAGUAAAGAAUUCUGGGAACAGUGCAUGCCUGACUACACAGUGCCGGAGAUCAAGAGAACCAGUCUGACAUCUGUCAUCCUGACCUUGAAGUGCCUUUCUGUGCAUGAUGUCAUAAGGUUUCCCUAUUUGGACUGCCCUGAAGAAAGGCAUAUUUUAGAAGCUCUCAAAGAACUUUACCAGUGUGAUGCUAUUGACAGGAGAGGCCACGUGACAAGACUGGGUGAAUUCCUGGUGCAGUUUCCCCUCCCUCCCAACCUGACCUGUGCUGUCAUAAAAGCUGCUUCUCUUGACUGUGAAGAUCUGCUGCUUCCCAUAGCAGCCAUGUUGUCUGUGGAAAAUGUCUUUAUUCGUCCAGGUGAUCCUCAGAAACAAAAGGAGGCUGAGCUUCAACACCAGGAACUUUCCUCACAAGUGGGAGGAUGCAAUGACUUUGCAACCCUCUUAAAUAUUUUUGAACAGUGCAAAGCAAGCAAGUCUCCUUCAGCUUGGUGCCAGAAAUACUGGAUCCAUUGGAGAGCUUUAAAAUCCGCUUUUAGUGUGGAAAAACAGCUUCGGGAAAUAAUCAGUAAACUGAAACAGCUGCCAGACUUCCCUAAAGAGACAUUUGAAGGUUCCAAAACUGAAAUACUAAGAAGAUGUCUAUGUGCAGGAUACUUUAUCAAUGUAGCUAGGAGAUCUGCAGCCAGGACAUUCUGCACAAUGGAUGGACAUGGCAGCAUAGUCUAUAUCCAUCCUUCAUCUACACUAUACAACCAGGAGACUCUCCUAGAGUGGAUCAUCUUCCAUGAUGUCACAGUGACAUCCAAAAUCUAUGUCCGGACAGUAUGUCCUGUUCGCUAUGAAUGGGUCAAAGACUUGUUGCCCAGAUUGCAUCAGAUUGAUGCGUAUGAACUGAGUAGUGUGGCACGAGAAGAAGUAACUGAAGAGGAAAUAACCAAGUGGAAAAAUAAGGAGGACCUUAAGAGGCAGUAUGAAGGAGUCACGGACAACUCUGUAAAGAAGAUGGAGAGAAGGAAUGAUGAUCAAUCAAUAUUGGAUGCCCGAGCUCGCUACCUUGAGAGAAAGCAGCAAAAAGCACAGGGUUUAAGUGGCCCUUUGAAAGAAAUGGGGUAAUACUUGUGGCUGCUCUGCUCCUACUAGGAGGAAAAGCAGUUUGGUGCAGUUGUUCUGGGUAUGUUUGCAUCGUGCAAAAUGUCUAACCAGAACGAAGGAAAACUUCUACUUUGUGGUAAGU